UGUAUCUUUAAAUAGUUUAUUUAUACUUUACACACCUUGUACUGUUUGUACAGUUUCUACAUCAUCCCGUCAAAAAAGUCGAGUCAUCCCUGUAGAAACUGGAGAACAGACACCUUUAAACAAUCUAUGGCUGCAAAUUUGAAGAGCAAUUCGAUUCUACCAAUGGGGUCGACCGAUCAUCAGGCAAGAGGGGAAGACAAGCUUUUUAAAGGAUCCACCAUGACUAAGCGCGGCGCGUAUGCUGCUAUCUCUUACAUGAGUUGUGCUGUGCUUUUGGUACUAUUCAAUAAAGCAGCUCUUUCUUCAUACAGCUUCCCAAGUGCCAACGUCAUCACUCUUUGUCAGAUGAUGUGUUCUUGUUGUUUUCUUUAUGUUCUUCGACGCUCAAAGCUCAUUACUUUUAAUGCGAGCGAUUCAAUAGCCAUCAACGAGAGUUCCAAAACAUUAGUACCAAUAAAGACAUUGGUCAACACUUCACCUCUUGCUUUAUCUUAUUUGCUUUACAUGUUAGUCAGCAUGGAGUCCGUUCGAGGGGUUAAUGUUCCUAUGUAUACAACCUUGCGGAGAACUACAGUUGUUUUUACAAUGAUUGUUGAGUACAUCCUUGUGAGGCAGAGAUAUACCCGACCUAUUGUUGGAAGUGUGGGAUUGAUAGUUCUGGGUGCUUUUGUUGCUGGAGCUCGAGACUUGUCAUUUGACUCGUAUGGCUAUCUAGUUGUUGUCAUGUCCAACAUUACAACAGCAAUCUACCUGGCGACCAUAGCCCGCAUUGGAAAGUCAAGUGGGCUCAACAGCUUUGGCCUCAUGUGGUGCAACGGAAUUUUGUGCGGGCCUGUUUUGUUUCUUUGGACCCUUAUACACGGUGACUUGGAGAUGACAAUGAAUUUUCCAUAUUUGCUUUCUCCUGAUUUCCUGGUGGUGUUGGCUUUGACAUGUAUACUAGCUUUCUUCCUGAACUAUAGCAUAUUCCUCAAUACGACUUUGAAUUCUGCUCUCACACAGACAAUCUGUGGGAAUUUGAAGUUGAAUGUGAUUGGGCAGCUUUUUGGCUUCAUUGGGUCGGGCAUGUAUGCAUAUUAUAAGCUUAUCGGGAGAUGACAUGCAAUCCAAGUUUCAACUUGAUGUCGAUUUAUGAUACACAGUGACCACCGGGCUAUUCAAAAGAAGAUUCUUGUUGCCUGUAGAGAGACUACUAAUCUGACUUCCUUACGAUGCUCAACUGCUAUCUUUACGCGGACUAUAGUUCCAUAUAUUAAGGUACUUGAAAUUAGAAAUUUACAGACAGUGUAGAGGGGUUUGUGGUGGUGGAUACAAUUUGAUAUGUCAUUCUUGGUGAGGAUCAUAUUUGUUAAUUUUGUGUGCUGGGUAAAAAAGCUCCUUGCCGGCUUUACUCUUUGAUGGUCUGAGGAUUGACUGGCGGCAAAGCUGACAACAGAUUGUCUUUUACGCAAUUUUAUAUAAUCCUGAAAUCUACAGUUACCAUAAUGAAAAUAAAAUCAGGUGCAACACUACGACAUUUCGAG